AAGCGGAAGAAGGGCAUGGGGAAUCUGUUCGGAUGGCUCGUGACCUUCUUCCUCCUCAUAACUCUUCUCGCCAUUAUAAGUUAUCAGUUGAUGUGUUUUGCUGAUUUGGAAUUUGAUUACAUUAAUCCUUAUGAUUCGGCAGCUCGAAUAAACAUGGUUGUCAUGCCGGAGUUUGUAAUACAAGCCGUUUUCUGUUUGGUCAGUUUGAUGACAGGACAUUCUUUUAUGUGUUUCCUGUCUCUCCCAUAUUUAUACUAUAAUUUCAGAUCGUAUAAAAGGAGAAGGCACCUGAUCGAUGUAGCUGAGAUCUACAAUCAACUGAAUUGGGAAAAGAAGCAGCGACUUAUGAAACUUGGCUAUCUGAUAAUCCUUCUAGUUAUUUUUAUAUUUUGGUUGCUUUGGACGGUAGGAAAUGAUGAUUAUUAAACAGAUUUUGGUGAAUGCCCACUGUAAGUUUUUAUAUUUACUUUCUGCAAUUUUCAUUUUAAAUUGAGGUAUUGAGCAAUAAAUAUGUACGACGAAUUGGGUCAUAACUCAUAAUAUACAAUGAGAACUUUUGCUGCGAACUUAUGAGAAAUGAAUGGCAACAAACCAUCUUCAUUGCUUUUGCUUACAUUACAAUUUGUUCUGGGCAUGUUCAGGUUUUUUUCAUCAGCUGAUUCAGACAAAAACAUUCGGGUGGAACAAGCUCAGACCUCUGUAUUUUUGGCCACGAUUUAACAUCCCCUUUAUUGUUAUGUAUUGGUAAUUUUAAUAACGGUGGCUGCAGCCUUGAUGCUCCAGUUUUCGUUUUUCCAACACUCUUCUCUGUUUGAGAAUAUACUUUUGCGCAUUCAGCGAUGAGGAGUUUAAUGAUUUAUCAUAUUCCUAAAGAAGAUGGUUGAAGACCAGUCAAAUUACAAUA